CUACUGAACUUUUGUCUUGUGUAGGUGGAAACACCAAGAGCUGUGUUCGGUGUUCCCCUCAUCAGCCUGAGGAAGAGUGGACAGAUGAGGCAGGGUCUUCCUCUGGUGCUCACACACAUAGUGGAGUUUGUGGAGAAGCACGGUCUCAGUAAGAGUGGCCUGUUCAGAGCCAGCGGGUCAGUGAAACGCUGCCGGGAACUGAGGAUAAGUUUUGAUCAAGGAGGAUUUCCAGAGUUUGACAGUGGGGAUAUUCUUACUCAGGCCUCCUUAUUGAAAGUUUUCCUCAGUGAAUUGCCUGGUGGACUUAUUCCAGACCCACACAGGACACAACUGCUGAAUGUGUUCAAAGAUUCAAAAGAGGGAGAACUGAAUCAGGCUGUGAGGACGAUCCUGAACAGUCUCCCAGAGGAACAUUUUAAUGUUCUCUGCUACCUAAUGUUCUUCCUGUCCCGUGUGGCUGCUGAGAGUCAUCUAAAUCUUAUGACAUCUGGGAAUUUGUCAAUAGUUUUUGGACCAAGCAUCUUUCACGUUCCUCUCAGCCCCACCAUGGUUGAGGAACAGGGGCAGUGUAACGCUUUGACUGAGCACCUGCUGGACAACCUGAUCCACCUUCUG